AUGGCUAAACUAUAUAUACAAUUAUCAGUUGGUUGGAUGGCCUACAACCACAACAACAACAACAAUAAGCUAUCGUUUAUCUGUCAAUCGUUUCGGUCAACAACAACCACCAGUUACCGCCGAGGACUGGCCAUAGUAAAAGCAAACAAUCGGUAUCCGUGUCUUAGAUCGGCGGUGGCGCUUAUGGACAACAAUAACGGCGCCGAUAAUAAUAAUAAUGAUUUCGAUAUGAUUGCAAUGAAAAAGCGUUGCAUCCGAUCGAUAGGUCAUGUUUUAAGACCCGUACUCGAAGACCGGGAUUACGAUAGCAGCGGUACGGGAUCUGGUGUUUUUGUUGCCGACGUCGACAAUCGUCUACUGUUAACCUGCUAUCAUAUGGUCAGACAGCGGCCGUUUGUUUGGAUAGUCUAUCCGAAAGCCUACCGAAAUCUGGUAGUAAAAUAUCGACUAAUAAAUGCCGAAGUCUUGUACGUCGAACAGCACUGGGAUCUGGCAUUAGUCCGACUACAGGAACUUCCAGCACCUGAAUAUAAUACAAUGAAACCAAUGGUUAUGGCCAGUCGUGAUGAUGAUAGUAGUAUUGGAUUUGGCGAACCGGUAGCUGUACUGGGCCAUGGCAAUGGUAUACUGUUUCAACUGCAACCGGGUAUGGUUAGGAUAGCGAGUGUGGACAACCAUUUGAUAACAUUGGACUAUUAUGCCAGUGUUUCGACGUUUAACGAUCGCCAGCCAAUUGUAACGCACAGUACAAUAUGUGGACCGGGAUUUUCGGGUGCACCUCUAAUCAAUAUCCGGGGCCGAUUGUCGGGAUUAGUUUGGGGCGGUUAUCUAAAAUGUGGACAGGAAUCGUUUUCAGUCGACUAUCAAACAAUCAAUGAGUUUAUCACUAGAGCAUUGAAUUAUGAAAGCAAUGGCAUAAAACAUAACCGUCUGAUGAAACGGUAUGAACGGGACAUCAAAGAGCCGGACACCACACGGCUAUUGGGUUUGAUAUUGUCUACACAACAACCGUUUUCAGAUAGUUUUACUGUCCGAUCGGUUUUGCCCACUGUUUCAGAUGAAACAAAAAAUAUUAUCGGCUCACGUGUUACGAAAGUUUUUGAACACGUGUUCAACAAUAUUGAUGUCAUCCGAUCGGCUAUCGGUACUAAUCGGGUAAUUAAAUUGUCGAUUGAAUUACCCACUGAUGAUGACAGUAGUAGUAGUAGUAGUAGUAGUAGUGGUAGUCAAGGGACAGUUAGAUAUGACAGCAUCAGCACUAUUAGCAUCAAAACGAUAGCACCGGUCGAUAGCCAAGGUUUUAGGAUUAAACCAUUAGUUAUUUAA